UUUCGCAGAAGUACCUUCAAGAAAACGAAAAUGCCCGCAGUCCAAAGUCUCAACUCGGCGAUAUGAGUCUAAAUUCAUCUGAUGCACACAUCAACUUCAUUCAACGAUUAUUGACCGAGUGCAAAGCGAGGACGAAAAGAAUGCUGGUAAUGAAGAUGGGCCAGGAAGCGAGGGACCUGGGUCAUAAUGACGCGAAUGGAGUUGAAGAAAACAGUCUGAUUGCCGGUUUGUGUGACCUCCUGGACAGAAUCUGGGGUCAUGGGCCUUACGAUUUGAAGGCUAAAUCUCCAUUAUGGCUCCAUAUAAUGUCCUACUACAACAGUUGGGAUGGAGAUGAGAUGAUUAUGAAUGAAGGCAGUUCCAACUCACCCUAUUUCCUUGUGGUCGAUGGCUAUCAAAAAGCAAUGACGAUGGUAGUACGUAGAGGUUGUUGGUUGGCGAGCUUCAAAGAAUACACAACAAUAACCAUAAUGAGGAGAAUAAAAUUUCUGUGGUUCAAGAAAACCUUGCAAAUGCUGUCAAUAAGAUCGUGAAAUACUUUUGCACAGAGGAAUCGGAAGAGAGAGGAUAUUUAACGUAUUUAUUAUGUGGUGAAAAUGGACUUUGUGACUCAUUGGAGUAGAUAUGAACAUCAACAUUUACUAUCGAUGCUCAAAGAAAGAAGAUGUGUUCCCAACAAACAUAACAUUGUCGCGUAUUUAUGUUCUAUUUUCCUCAUUGUGGGAGGUAACCUUGUUUGUCUCCUACGCUGUUGACUGCUUUGUUUUUAGGUGUUUCAUUACGGUUUAAAGUCCUCACGUAUUUUUCAGAAGAACUUUUUCAUUUGGGAUUUUAUUG